AAAGCUGUGAGCCCAGCCAAUAUAACUUUAAGUUCAUAUGAUAAGAAAAUAGUCUUUCAUGAUUCAUUUAAUAAUACUUAGUGCUAGAUUUUAUUAUUUUUGGUGCCAAAAUGAAAGACAUAUCGCUAAAGACAUUUCUUAAUAGGUGUCGAUGCUGUUUAGAAUCAUUUAUGGAAGACGAGAGCAUUAGUCCAAUUACGCAAUUUUUUACAAGUCAAUUUCAUGCAUUUACGCGGCUAGAACUUCAAUCCGAUGACCUUUUGUCAAAUCAUGUCUGCGAGUUUUGUCACUCAGAAUUGUUGAGAUUUUCAGUCUUUAAAAAGGACCUGAUUGAAAAACAAUUGAAAUUAAAUAGUCUAUUAAAGCAGCACAAUCAAAGUCUUAAUGAGACUGAUGAAGAUUUUGAGAUAAUUGGAAGCGACGAGGAUAAUAACAAUCUUGAUGAAACUGAGUACGAAAUUGAUCAAUUGGGAAGUGUUAGUGAAAAUUUUACAGAAUCAGAAGAUUCAGAAGAAGAUGACGUUGAUUCCGAUCACUCAUCUGACAAUGACUUUAAAGUCAGAGGUUUAAAAUUCCCGCAGCAUUUUGUCUCAAUUCCUAUUGAAGAACCAAAAUUACUCAUUUGUGACUACUGCCAUUCAACAUUCGCUAAGAAACAAGGACUUAUCAAGCAUGUUCAAUCACAUGCAGAAAACAAGAAAGGAGAUUGGCAGUGUGAUCUGUGUAGCUUUUCAACAACUUCAAGGCACCGAUUGAUUACUCAUAAGAAGCAGUUCCAUGAUGAUCACAAUGUCUCUAAGAAUAACUAUGUUGGACAAGGAAAAGUUAUUGAUAAUACAAAUUCAACUGCUUCCACGAAAAAAAAAAAACGAGCAAGAAAAGUCACCACGUCAUCUGAAUCUGUUCCAGUCAAAAAGCCAGAAAUCAAGAUGUCAACUCCAAUUAAAAAACAGCCAGAAGAGGAUGAUGAAGAAAUGGCAGUAACACUUAAAAAUGAAAAAGAGACUCAAAAGGAACCAGAAAAUGAGAUAAAAGAAAAACCUCCAAAAGCCAAAACUCUAAAACCACCAAAAAGUACAGGUCCAGUAAAAUUCCGAUGCUUCUGUGGAGCUACUUUUGAGCAUAAAAAAUCACUACAUUCACACAGAAAUCGCAAGCAUGGAUCAUUAAAAAAGUGCAAUUAUGGAUGCGGUACGACAUUUGAAACAGUCGGUGAAUGGAUCAGGCAUAUCCGAGAUCUUCAUCCUAGCAACGAAGGCGAGUGCCUCAAAAUGGUCAGUGCAUCAAAAACAAAUGUUUGGUACACAGAAGUAAAGGAAAAUGAUUCACAAGUUGAGGACUUGACAUGCCAAAAAUGUUCUUAUAUAGCCUCAGAUAAAGGAGACUUAGUCACUCAUUAUCAACAGAAGCACAAUAAUACAGAUGGUAAAGUCGAAUGCACAGAUUGCUUUAAACUAUUUGUGUCAAAUAAUACUUUGAGGAUGCACAUUCAGACAGUUCAUAAUGACAUUAGAGGAUUUAUCUGUAAUUUCUGUAGCCAAACGUUUAAGCAGGUUGCUCAUUUGAAGGAUCAUGUUAAAAGUAGACAUAAAACAAUUUAUAAGCCUUAUUCGUGCUCAGACUGCAGUGAAAUUUUUGAACUUUUAACCGAACUUAAAAAGCAUAAGCAAGAUACUCACGGACUAGAACAAAAGAUUAUCGAAAAGAAAGUCGAAAAGAAGAAAAGCUACAUCUGUGCAUGUAAGAAAAGAUUCAUAUAUCCUAGUCGUUUAGCAUGGCACCAAUCGUACUGUAAAACCCAUUCAAAUCGAAAGCUUGCAAAUAUAGAACCACCAAAGACUGGCACUUACGUUUGUAAAGUUUGCACGAGAGCAUUUGUACUAAAAGGUAACCUUAUACGCCAUCAGAGGACUUUGGGACAUAAGAAUAAAUGAUGAUUAUUGGAUGGCAUACAUGUUAAAAUUCAAGAAUGAUACUUUUGCAGUGAAAUUAUUUUUGAGGAACAGCUAACGACCAAUUUAUAAAGAAACAUCAUUUAAUAUUCCAUUUUGCCGAGCAAAUUUUGAUAAAGUAAUUUUUUUACUAGGUCUACCUAAAAUUUAUAUAUAAAUCAUGAUCAAAUCAACGGGUAUUGGAGUUAUGAAUAUUUUCCUUAUUUUUAGACUUGAUUAGUCAC